AUGAAACGAGUUACUGGAGUUUUCUUAACACUUUUGAGAUUUUCUCAAUUUGCAUCAUCGGUUUUGGUGAUGUCACUUUUGGCGUAUGCCAUCCACGCCUAUGGAAAUAGAGGUAAUAAGAAAACCAACUUCACAUUGGCAACAGGUGUCAUUAGUGUGUUUUAUCUGAUUGCCUUAGGUAUUUUGUGUCUGGCCCUACCCACAUUGAUCUACAUAGGAAUGUACUUCUGUGCCGAAUUGAUCGUUUGUAUGCUAUGGCUAGCAGCUUUCGUUGUUCUUGCCAAAGCUCAAGGUGAACGUAGCUGUAGCAACACUAAUGCAGACGGAUUAUACUAUAAUCCGUACAGUGGCCAAUAUACUGCUGACAGUCAUAGAAGAGCAUGUAAUUCUUCUCAGGCGGCAAUCGCCUUUUCUGGCCUUUGCUUUGUACUGUUUUUGAUCAGUGUGAUAUUACUGGGAAUUAAUGUCUUAACACCUAUCAGGAAGCGUUAUCAAACCCAAGGAAUGUGGAGAAGCGGCGCUUCUAUGGGUACAAAGCUCCAUAGGUGGAGCGGACUAGCUUUAAGCGAGCCUUUUGAAGAAACAGCUGCUUACGAUAACACCAAUGUUAGGACCGGUGAUGUCGAAGCAGGUGCAGGUGAUAAUGCUGCUUACACAUCUGAACCGAAUGGCGACGCACGCUAUGCAACUAAUGACCCCAAUGGGCAGUACCAUACUACCACCACCAACACACGUUACACCACAACAACAGCGGACCCUAAGACGCGUUACACCACCAACGAUCGUAAUCCUGGUUCUGCGAAUGUCGCUAACAGUGCAGUGGACCAGCACGCUUACUCUACGGAUGAGUCAGGUGAUCGGUCUUAUCAAGAAAAGGUCACAGAAGGAGCUCACUCUGGCGCUAUGAGUGGUAGCACUGCAGAACCAAACAGGAACGUCAAUCAAAUGCCAUAA